AUGUUUAAUUCUUAUUAAUAUGAAAAAUAACUUGCCUUAUCAAAAGAGAUAGAUAAGAUUAAAAAAGGUUAUAUGAGAGAAAGAGAAGUUCGUAAAGGUAUAUAUAUGAUUCAAUAUAUAAAGAAUUAAAUAAUAGAUUGGCAUAAAAUUAUAAGAAAAGAGUAGAAAAUUUUGUAAUCAAUAUGCUUGAAAAUCCUGUUGUUUGUGUUGAAUAUAAAUAACCAAAUACCUAAGCAUUUAGAGAGGAAGAUCCUACUAAAAAUUUGGGUGAUCCACAAUUUUAUGUUAAGGGUUUCAAACAUGAGAAAGAUCGUAUCCAAGAAUCUUUAGAAAGAAAUAAAGAUCUUGAUUUUCUUCCAAAUCGACAAGUUGCUCAUUAUUGUUUUCGUGAAAGAGAUCCUUCCAAAGAUAUUAAACGUGAUGUGUUUCGAUAUAGAGAUAAAACUAGUUUAGAAAGAAUUGAAUAAUUUUUGAAGGAUCACACUUAAACUUAGGUUGAAAAUCAAAAAUUCAGCAAAAAGAAACCAUUUAAUUUAGAAAAUCUAUCUGAAAAUAUGAGUUCACUUGAUAGGAAAGCAUAUAUAAGUAGAUUGAUUGCCAAAAAUUUAUUGCCUAGUUUACAUCAAAAAACACAUUUUUAAGCUACUGCUACUAUGUUUAAUAAUUUGCCAUGUAUACUCCUUGUGUUAAUUUCUAGUAUCACUUAUGGAUCAUGCUAGAUCAGCUCCAUUAUUAAAAUAAAUAGAACCAGAAGAAAAAAGUAUAUAUUAUUUAUCAAUCAUAUUAGAAUCUCAACAAUAACAAAGGGAUAAUUAGAAGACUGAAGAAAUAGAAUAGAAAGAUAAUAAAAUUAAGUAAGGUAAUGAAUUGGAGACUUUUAAUCCUGUUGAAACUUCUAAAUCUGUAUUAGAAAAAUGUAAUGUCAUUCGAAACAAAAAUCCAAAAAUUAGUACAAUCCAUAAAGGAUAAGGACAUUUAAUCUCUACCUUAGACAAAUCAAUUUAAGAAAUUUAUAAGGAUAUUUAUGGUAUAGAUUUAAGUCAAGGAAAGUUUUUUAAAAAAUGA